GACUCAGUCUGAGCAGGGAGGAUCUCCAAUGCUAACGUGUCCUAUUGGUCGCUUCAGCCAGUGUAAACAUGUAGCCGUUCCAUCGGUCCAGCCGUAUUGCUAUUAAGAGCUGCUUCCUAAUCGUUAACCAGUUUGUCAGCAGUCGUUAUAAUGAUGGCCGUGUUGCUGAAAAUAUUGGUGUCGGAAACAGGGCAGUGUAGCGUUAGCUGGGUGACUAGCUAACCCUGAAUAGCUAACUAUAGGGUCGUGUUUGUAUGAGUCUGGCCUUGCUAAUUAGGCGGCUAGCUUCCAGUUGGCAGCCACGAAGGGAUAAAUCGAGGUUAGCCUCAGACAAAGCAUGGUAAGUUAUGUUAUCUAACAAGGACACACCAAGAAGUGGAGGAAAAAAAUGAAGAAUUCUGGAAGUGACGGUGCCUCGUCACCGGUGAAUGGAAAACAAGGUAACGACUGGGACCAGAGACGGAAGAGGAAAAUUGCGGACAUCACACAGGCCCUGAGCGCGACUCCGGUGGAUGUAGCAGCUCUGAGGAGGAUGGCUAUCAGCGAAGGAGGACUGCUGACUGAUGAGAUCCGCUGUCAAGUGUGGCCUCGACUUCUCAACGUCCCCCUUCAAGUCCUGGAUCAGGAGCCAGAGACGGUGGAGCGAGAGAAUAACAAGGAUUACAACCAGGUCCUGUUGGAUGUCCAGCGCUCACUGCGAAGGUUCCCACCAGGUAUGCCAGACGAGCAGAGGGAGGGUCUCCAAGAAGAGCUAAUUGACAUCAUCCUCAGAGUUCUGAAACGUAAUCCCCAGCUGCACUACUACCAGGGAUACCAUGACAUUGUUGUUACCUUUUUAUUGGUCCUGGGAGAGCGCCGUGCGACUGCUCUUGUGGAAAAGCUCUCCACACAUCACCUCAGGGACUUCAUGGAUCCCACCAUGGACAACACAAAACAUAUUCUUAACUAUUUGAUGCCCAUCAUUGAGAGGGUCAACCCAGACGUGCAUGACUUCAUGCAACAGGCUGAGGUGGGCACAGUCUUUGCUCUUAGUUGGCUGAUCACCUGGUUUGGCCACGUCCUGUCAGACUUCCGCCAUGUUGUCCGGUUGUAUGACUUCUUCUUGGCCUGCCAUCCACUGAUGCCCAUCUACUUUGCUGCUGUGAUCGUAUUGUACAGAGAAGAGGAAGUGCUGGAGUGUGAAUGCGACAUGGCCAUGGUUCAUCACCUGCUGUCUCAGAUUCCCCAGGAUCUGCCGUAUGAGACACUCAUCAGCAGAGCAGGAGACCUUUUUGUCCAGUUUCCCCCCUCUGAACUGGCUAAAGAAGCUGUCUCACACGAAAGCAUGGCAGCCUCUACCUUUAAGGACUUUGACCUUGCGUCCACUCAGCAGCGACCGGACUCUGUUCUCCGUCGCAGACGCAGACAAAAACAGGCUGCGCUGGAGAACUCAGCAGCCAGCUCAGUAGUAGCAGUGGCCCAGCCUUCAGCAGCGCGGCGGUUUGUUCGACUGGCUGUGAUGGGUCUGACAGUGGCUUUAGGGGCAGCAGCUCUUGCUGUGGUCAACACUGCCCUGGAGUGGGCCCCCAAACUGGACCUGUUUCCUUGAAGGCUCCCCUUUUACCCCUACACUCCAACUUAUCUGUCCUUGACUGAAUCUAGUCGGUUGGGUCUGUUUCCAAGAACCCUUUAAGCAAUUAAACCACAAAUCUUGUAGUCGAUAACACUGUCUGGAGCGUACUCUCUAAAUUGAACCAGUUAACGCUCCUCUUUCAUCUUCUGGGAUGUUACUAAACAUCCUUCCCUAUGUAGGGCUUCUAAGGCCCCAGCUGAGGGUCUUUUAUAUGACCCCUGAAGAGCAUGCAGCAGUGUACGUUACAGCUGCCAGUGUUCUGAAAUGAAGAAUCCAUCCUGUCACAGCAAAGAGACUGCAUUUCUAAGAACUAUUAUUGAUGGCGUCGUUAUUAAAGUUUAUAUUUGUUAUUAGGAUAAUCUGAUACUGAGUUAUGCUCCCAGAGAUUUAUGCUGAAAGCUUGAUGGACUCACUACACUUGAAACUGCUGCCAAUUAAGAGAGCUUAAGUGAAUGUAUGAGUGUGUGUGUGUGUGGUCACAACCCAUUUGUUAUCUAUUUGAUACCUGGACUGAGACCAAAUAGAGGAUUAGAGUCCUCUCUUUGUAUAAUUUACCGUUUUUUAAUUUAUAGGUAUGUCAGAAUCUGUAUAGAGAUGUGGUCAUGUCACACAGGCACUUUAUGAGGUCACCAUUUUAUUAUGUUUUUAGGUCAUCUUGUCCCCUUUAAGUUGUUUGAAUAACCUUUUAAUAACCAGGAAAAAAAAUGUAUCUUUAAAACACGCCAACAGUUGUCACCUUUGACUACACAUUUUAGUUUUGGAUCAUUGUUACUGGGGUCAAAACAUUAAUGAGGUUAUCAAAGUAAAUGUAUUGUAGCCGACUUGAGACUUAAUUUUCUAUCUCAAAAUUCAACUCUGAGGAUUAGGCUGCAGAAGUAAAAAUUGACCAUAUUGAAAUGGUUUUACUGGAGCUUUCCAGCUACUUAUUCACUUAAUUGUUUGAAUCUACAACCUUAAAAUUGUGUCUGUGUUUCAUGGCCCCAGAUGACUUAGUUUAUGUUUUCUGCAUCACUUUUUCUGAAGUAGAUGGUUAAAUCACAGUUCAGCACACUCACUGACUCACUCUGUGCCGGGUAACAUAAAUUAUUAGAGCUGGGAUAAACAGCAAGUAACAUGAAGUGGAUGCCAUUGUCUUUGGCUUGGCACAGUUUGCACUGACUGCAUUUCUUUUGUAUUAUCACUUUAAAAUUAGCUCAGUAGGUGCUUUUCUUACUCCUACUGGAAAGGUGCUGCUGUCAGAAAAAAGCGCCUCAGCCUUUAAAUUAAUAUUGUCCAAUAUCUUUGUUGUAAACGUGACUUGAUUUGAACACAUGCCACUUAGUAAAUUGGAUUUGUUUGGAGUGUAGAAUGGGCGGCGUUGCCAUUUCAGGGGCAGUCCAGCUCAUUCCAAUGUUCUGGUCAUUUUCAUCCAGUUGCGCAUUUUAAAUAGGGGAUUGCAUAUGUGUCUGUGGUAUGGCACUCACCUGAAUACCCAAGUCUUAACAGAAAAUACUAAACAAAUAGUUUGUCACAGCACUUCAGUCUAAGCUAAUUAAUUUGGAUUGUCUGAAAUCUUUAUGUCCUUUGUUCAACAUAAAUCAUCACAUUUAACUGAGCUGUCAUCACCUGCAUUCGGCAGCACAAAAAAUGAUGUGAUGUGUUGAGAAUUUUUUUUUUUUUUGCUAUUGUAUAACCUGAACACCUGGUCACCCCAUUCCUUUAUUAUGGUCGAUCAGUUUAUUGCCUUUGUAGUGAACUACUGAUUCAGCUGGUUAGAGAUCUACAGACUGAUCAAAAUUAAGGUGACCUGGAACAUGUCCAGGGAUGUUCUGAGGUGCCUGAGAGUAUAGCUAUUCAGCAGUAUUGUAAUGCAUUUAUCUGCACUCAGUGGUUUUCAUUUAUUUUUAUUGCACUAAAUGAUUUAUCUGCCUUUUAUGUUUAUUUUGUUAUAAUGAAACAUGUCAUACUAAUGUAAAGUUGUACAAGAGAAUGCUAAUAAACUAGAGUGAAAAUGUUCA